CUCGAUGAACUCCUCCGCCCUAGCGGCCGAACUCCUCCGUCGUAAUGCCGGCAACCCGGCCCUGGCGUGGCGCCUCCUCAGGCACCUCCUCUCCUCCCCCGCCGCGCCCCUCCCUCCCCUCCGUCUCAUUAUCUCUCUCUCCCGCCUCCUCGUCGUCGCCCGCAUGCUCCCCGAGCUUCACCAUCUUCGGCGCCUCAUCCUCCUCCCUCGCCACCCUCCGGCCGCUGUUCGCACUGCCCUCUCCGCCCUUGUCUCCGUCUCCGCCUCCGCUGGCCUCCUCGACGACGCCCUCGCCCACUUCCGCUCUCUCCGCUCUCAAUUCCCCUCCCACCCUCCUUCCACCCGACUUUACAACUGCCUCCUCAACUGCUCCCUCCGAGCCCAUCGCGCCGACCUCGUCGAGGUGCUCUACAGAGACAUGCUUCUCGCUGGAGUUCCCCCCGAGACGUACACGUUCAAUAUUUUGAUCUUUUCCUUAUGCGACUCUGACCGUAUCGAGGAAGCCCGGCUGUUGUUCGAUAAUAUGCCAUUAAAGAAUUGCCAGCCAGAUGAGUUCAGCUUCGGGUUCUUGAUCUGCAGGUACUGUAAAGCAGGGCUCAGUCACAGGGCGGUGGAGCUUCUGGAUGAGAUGGAGAGACUCGGGCGCUCACCAAACAUAGUGAUCUAUAAUACAUUAAUUUCUAGCUUUUGCAAGGAGGGGUCCAUUGGUGAAGCUGAGAAGUUGGUUGAGCGGAUGAGAAAAGAUGGUAUUUUUCCUAAUGUUGUCACUUUUAAUUCUAGGAUUUCUGCUCUUUGUAAGGCAGGUAAGGUAUUGGAGGCUUACCAGAUUUUCAGAGACAUGCAGGAGGAUAAUGUGUUGGGUUUGCCAAGGCCGAAUCAGAUUACAUUUAAUCUGAUGUUGGAUGGAUUUUGUAAGGGAGGCAUGCUGGAAGAAGCCAGGGCCUUGGUGGAGUUGAUGAAAGUUGGUGGAUCCCUUACAAGUUUACAGAGUUACAAUAUAUGGCUGUCAGGGUUGGUGAAGUGUGGAAGGCUGCUGGAGGCCCAACAAUUGUUGGAACAAAUGGUUCAACAGGGUAUAGAACCUAAUUCAUACUCUUAUAACAUUCUUAUUGAUGGUCUUUGUAAGGAAGGGAUGAUUUAUAGUGCUAGAUCAGUGAUGAAUUUGAUGAAAAAUAAUGGAACGUCACCGGACCCAGUAACUUAUAGCAGUCUACUCCACUGGUACUGCACAAGAAGGAAUAUAUCAGGGGCCAUCAAGAUUCUUCAUGAGAUGACUAGUAGUGGAUGUUUUCCCAACAGUUUUUCUUGCAACAUCUUAUUGCAAAGCUUGUGGAAAGAGGGGAGGAUUUUGGAGGCAGAGAAACUAUUACAAGAGAUGAAUAAAAAAGGAUAUGGUUUAGGCAUCGUAACAUGCAAUAUUGUCAUAAAUGGUUUGUGUGAAAAUGGAAAAUUGGACAAGGCAAUUGAAAUUGUUAAUAGCAUGUGGCAGCAUGGAAGUGCAGCCCUUGGUGAACUUGGAAAUGCAUUCCUCGGUUUGGUGGACGACAGAAAUGAAAAGAAAAAAUGUUGUCCUGGUCUAAUCACCUAUUCAAUUUUGAUUAAUCACUUGUGCAAGGCUGGAAGGUUAGAUGAAGCUAGGAAAUUAUUACUUGAAAUGAUGGGGAGGAAUGUUGCUCCGGAUUCGAUAAUCUAUGACAUUUUUGUACAUGGAUUUUGUAAGCAGGGAAAGGUGUCAUCAGCUUUUAAAGUUCUAAGAGACAUGGAAAAAAAAGCAUGCAGACCAAGCACAAGAACAUACAACUUACUGAUAUGGGGUUUGGGUAAAAAACACCAAAUAGAGGAAAUACUUGACUUGAUUAAUGAAAUGCAAGAAAAAGGAAUCCCAAAAAAUGUUAGAACUUAUAAUAACCUAAUCCAUGCUCUCUGUGAUAGAGAAAUGGUAGAUAAAGCUGCUUCACUUCUAGAAGAGAUGCUUCAUAAUUCCAUUCUUCCUAACAUAACUUCUUUCAGCAUGUUGAUCCGGGCUUUCUGCAAGAUUUCUGAUUUUGAUGCAGCUCAAGCCAUGUUUCAUGGAGCUUUGACUGCAUGUGGACAAAAGGAAGUGCUCUAUAGCUUAAUGUGCAACGAGUGUUUCCUGUAUGGAAAGAUAUCAGAGGCUAAGGAACUUCUUCAAAUCGCUCUAGAAAAGGAGUUUUCCCUGGAGCAUUUUCCGUACAAAAGUCUUAUUGAAGAACUUUGCAAGGAAGACAGGAUAGAUGAUGGGCACAGUUUAAUCAAUACAAUGAUUGCUAAAGGUUAUGUGUUUGAUCCUGCAACAUUUAUGCCAGUGAUUGAUGCACUAGGGAAGAAGGGAAACAAACAAGAGGCUGACAAACUUUCAGAGAAAAUGAUGGAUAUGGCAGCUCAUCAUGAUGGAUCCAUGGUUUCUUUUUCUGAUCGUCUACAUGGUGACUCAGAGAAUAAACAUCAAAAGCAAAAGCAAGAGCAAGAGGUUUCUCUUGGAAGCGAUUGGCACAAUCUUCUACACAGAGAUGAUGGAAGUGGAAUAGCUAUGAAACUUCUAAAGAGGGUGCAAAAAGGUUGGGGUCAAGGAAGCAUACCAGCCCCACGGCCACAGAAUUUUGAUCUUGUUGAUGAGUGGGAGAUCACCAAUUGAUUCAAAUGUGGAAUAAAAUGGUUGGUUUUAGCCUGCGCAAAUGUCUCAAAUUUUGCUCCAGAUCCUGUAUUUGAUACUCUCGCGGGUAGUUGGUGCUCUUUAUGCCUUGUUUAUUAAUUCAGGACAUGGCAUUAAACCUCAGCUCCAAACUGUUACCUCAGAGAAGCAUGGUUUCCCAAAAUGGAUCAGUUGCAGACCUUGUUCUAACAUGCCCUGAAAAUCCUUUCAGGAGUUUAGUUUCAUGUGUCAUCAAAGGGGCAAUCCUUAAAAGGGCUUACAUUAUCAUUUUUAAGCUGCAUUUUGUCUUCGACAUCACUUCAAACUGGCACAGGUGUUUUUUCUGCCUUAGGCAUCCUAAAACAAUUUGUGUUUGGAAGGGACAAGAAAACUACUUCAGCAGCAGCAUAUCAAACUAAGCUGUUGGGCUCAGUAAUUAUCAUUCAGCACUCUGGUAUGUUAAAAAUAGUUCUUAAUGAUCAUGAUGUUUCAAAAUCUUCUUAUUGUGAUUUAAUAAACUAGGAAAGUGGAAAUAAGUUGCAAGUUACCAUGUUACAUAUAGAUUAUGAGUAGAAGAUGCCUAAAUUGCUAUGUGUAGGUUGCCAAGGAUUGUCGGUACCCGUUCCGAUGAUCUGGUUAGACCUGGUCAGACGGGUACAUAUCAGUCAGUAUUGGUGUCUCGUUGUCAGUAUGUAUCGUUGUUUCGAAGAGGAAGAAAAAGAGGGAGAAGAGAAAGGGGCGACGGAGGAACUAAGGAGGAGGAAGGUGUAAGAUGAAGGAAGAAAGGGAGGCAAUGGAGGAAGAAAGAAGAAGGGGAAGCAGUGGAGGAGGAAGAUCAAGCGAUGGAGGAGGAGAAGGAUGAAGGAAGAAGCGGAGGAGACAAGGCAGGCAUAUGUAUUAGAGAGAUAAACAGAGGUAAAUGGGCAGGCGAUGUCCAUUAACAACGGCGACAACAACGACAAUGACGUCGUGAGAAAUAAGAGGAACAAUAGUACUGAAUCACUUGAAACUAGAGCGAUUCGUGUACCGAUCCAUGCCCGGACUAGUACGUACUUCCUGUAUCUUCUUUAUCUUCUAGGACAAGAAAUUUGAUACUUGCUGUUUUAUCCUACUAAAAAAUAUCAUCUUCUCAAUACAUGUCUCUAAUACCUUCAUUUUGAUAAGUUCUCUUGUGGCAUGUCUAUAUUCUCAUUCAAUCCCUGUGAAUGAAUGGCAAUGUGUGGCUUUACUUUGUUUCCUUGCACAGUCGGAAGGUAAUUGAUUAGAAUUUAUUUUCAGAAGUUUCAUCUGAGUAUUUGGAGUAUCGAAAAGAAAUAAAUUUAGUGCAAUUAAAUUUGUAGUAUUAACUUCAACAAAGUUGAACAUUGGUUAUGAUCUAAAACACAAUCCUUUCAUGUUUUGCUCAGGCUUCGGACUACUUAAACAAAAUACAUACACAAUUGGAGUCAAUAAGAGGAUCCUUUAAGAAAAAAAAAGGAAUUCAGUCAACAUUAUUUUGACUUGUCAUUUCCACUCAGUGGAUUACAAUGUUAGCAAAUGCAAGAACAGUCACCAGAUACUCCUGCCUCUUGUUUGAUCACAGUAUCCCAAUUUUGGUGGAGAGGGAUAAGGGAGGACAACCAUAGGCAGAGGCAACUUGCCGAAUAUUGCUCAUCUUCCAUUGACAAUUCUUGCUUGAUGAAUCCUGGAACUGGUGUGGAUGAGCAUAACAUUGUAUCAUAAAGAAGACCGACUUCCCAUCAGUUCUUCAACAAGAGUCAUACAUCUCAUCAUCACAAGAUUACAUGGUACGAUUUUGUCAAUUUUGGCAAUAAAGUUUCAUCUCCUCUGGAAGAAAUAAUUCAACGCUUGAAACGGCAUCACGAGAGGAUAAUAAACUGCGGACAUGGAUGGUGUUAAAAUGAGUUUUGUUAGAUGUUCCACUUUGUUCAUUUUAAUUAGGGUGUAUAAAGAUCUGCUUGUUUCAUUU